AUAACACAUAUUAUAUUCUACUUUGCACGAUGUGACGUUUCCCCUUAAUAUCCUUCGUCGUCAUGGUGCCAUCCAGAACAAGAAGUCAACCUACGCGUAAAGACGUGAUGGUCAAACUCGGACACAAACAUAAUAAAGCGUGCAUGUUUUGCGGAAGGAAAGAAAAUAGCGAACAGCUUUAUGGCUUCUUGUAUCAGCUCAACGACAAUAUAGUUGUUCAUUAUUUUUGCGUUCUCCUUUCGUCGAAAGCCAUACAAAGAGGUGGAGCUAAUGAUGAAGGAACGUGGAGUUUUCUAGGUAAUGACAUCACACGUGAACUCCAACGAGCAUCAAAAGUGAAAUGCGUUUAUUGUUACACGGCCGGAGCGAAUAUAUCUUGUUGUUCUCUUGAUUGCGACAAAGAGUUUCAUCUACCUUGUGGAAUGGAAAACGGCUCUAUGCAUCAAUUUUUAAGUUCACACAGAUCGUUUUGUUCGCAACACAAAAUAACGCAAACAGUUGACCUACAAGCCUUGCAAGACUCUGCCGAAGUUCAAUGUGCAAUUUGUAAAGACUAUGUAAAAGCAACGGCUGAAUCGUCGUCCAUAUGGGCUCCUUGUUGUCAACGCAACUCGUGGUUUCACCGAAAAUGCAUUCAACAGUUGGCAUUAAGUGCUGGCUACUUUUUCAAAUGUCCGUUAUGCAAUAAUGUCAAAAAGUUCAAAGCUAGCAUGUUGUCUCUCGGAAUAUACAUACCGAGGAGGGACGCUUCGUGGGAAAGGGUGCCGAACGCUUACAAUGAAUUGUUGGAACGCCAUUCCGAAUGUGACGCCGAAAUUUGUUUGUGUAGACGCGCUCAAAAAAGAAAAUUCCAACAAGAUUCCGGACCGUGGCAAUUAAAAUUAUGUUAUACAUGUGGCUCGAGUGGGACUCAUCGGGCUUGCAGUAUGAUUAAACCCGGAGAACAACGGUGGUAUUGUGGGCAAUGUCAAUCCAUUACCGCAGGCCCUUCGCGGCCAAAGCUAAGACGUUUAAACAACAUAGCGGUGUCAACAAACAGUAAUGCGGACAUUGCUCGAGGUGACGAUGAGACAUCCACUAGAGAACUGGGCAAGAUUUCUUGUUCUAUGUGGCAUGAAGAACGACAUAAAGAAGACGGGAUACAUAACUUGGACAGAUUGGCCAUGUAG